AACAGCAAGGGUUCGCGUUUACACGUAUGUUCACACCGGAGGCACCGGGGCGGGACUGGGGGAAAGGCUCUUUCACUGAUCACUCCCCCGUUUCACUGAUGAUCCCAUCCUGAAACCGCUAGCUGGAAGACCACCAUGCAGAUACAGAGCAGCUUAUGUUUUGGAAUGGUUCGUUGAUUUGAACAUUUUCGUAAAGAUGCGACACUCCCCAAAGCUCUGAAAAGGUUUGAGCGAGGAAAACACAGAAGAAAAUACACGACGAGCGGUCGGAUUCGCUGGAACAAAGAUGCCUGAGGUUCGGGACCUUUCUGAAGCUUUACCAGAGAUGCCCAUGGACCCAAUCACUGGAGUCGGAGUUGUAGCCUCUAGGAACAGGGCACCCACUGGAUAUGAUGUGGUCUCUACAACAACCGACGGCCUGGAUGCUGACCUGUGGAAAGAUGGCCUUUUCAAAUCCAAGGUGACCCGCUACCUCUGCUUCACCAGGGUCUUCUCUAAAGAAAAUAGCCAUUUAGGCAAUGUUCUGGUGGACAUGAAGCUGAUCGAUAUAAAGGACACUCUGCCUGUGGGUUUCAUCCCGAUCCAGGAGACUGUUGACACUCAGGAGCAGGCCUUCAGGAAGAGGCGACUCUGCAUCAAGUUUAUUCCACGGGACUCCACAGAGGCUGCUAUCUGUGACAUCCGCAUCUUGGGACGCUCCAAGCAGGCCCCCCCACAGUACACCUUCAUAGGAGAGCUCAACAACAUGGGAAUCUGGUAUCGAAUGGGGAACGUACCUCGGGCCCAGGACUCCACAAACACACCAGCCACCAACAACAUCCAGAAUAUGAACUCCUCCUCCAGCUCAGCCCCAGUCCCAGCUGCUCCUAUGCCCAAGCACAUUUCCAUGACUCUCCCAGCCAGCUUCAGAGGGAAGAACACUACCAGACCGGACUACGAGCACCAGAACUCCAACCUGUAUGCUAUCUCAGCAAUGGACGGAGUGCCUUUCAUGAUCUCUGAGAAGUUUGCCUGUGCCUCGUCGGAUCUGCAGCAGGUGGAUCUGAUGGGCAUUACAAUCAAGUCACUGGCUGAGAUUGAGAAAGAGUAUGAUUACAGUUUCCGUACAGAGCACAGUGCAGCAGCUCGUCUCCCUCCCAGUCCAACACGGACCUCUUUAAGCUCUGAGGCCUGAUGAUCCCCUCCUGACCUCUCCCUAACAACACUCUCCCCUUAUGGACACCAACAGGAGAGACCUGUACACAACUACUGAGGACCUGCCCACAGCAAACAGUCCCAAACACCUGUACUGAGAAAAAAGGAACAAAACACUACUAACAACACUGAUGAGCUGGCUUGUAAAAUGAGAUAGAAUUGCCCAUUGUUGGACAAAACAGACCUUUCUUGGUCAAGGAAAUGGAAAGAAAUCUCACCUGUGAUUUAAAAAUAAUGUGUAUUUUGUCAAAAGAGGAAGUGUUGUUCAAUGUAAUCCAAAUAGCCCCACCCCAUCUGAAGGACUUAACCACAAAGAUAAAAGGAUACUUUAUUCUGAUGGAUCUGAUGGACCUGUUAGGCCUUUGCUCCCUGAAAUGGAAUGAGAGUCUGGGAGCAGCCAUCAUAUUUACCUUCCUGGUUUAUGAAACGCCUCUGCUCUGUCAUGGCACCAGGAGGGUACGCCAUCCCAGGGUUGGAAAUACAAAAGGAAGCUUCAUAUCAUGGGAUGUUUUAGCGUGUACUGGACUUCUUGAUGAAGAAGUAUUGUCAUUGUUCUCUAGAUGUUACUGUAAUAUACUGGUGUGACUGUGAGUGCACCUUGGGAAUUUCAGCGCGAUUUCUGUUUGCCACAUAUAUUCACUGUCUCUGUACCUGAGCCAGCAGCUUGGCUAACUUCCACCACAGCCACUAUCACUGUUUAAAGGUUGACACACACACCACUGUUCUUAAGAUUUCUGUCAAGUGUUACUAUUGUAAUGUCUGCUAUUUUUUAGGGCUUGGUUUCGUUUUUCCAAAUUAGUGAUAAUAGAACACCUGAGUUUUAGUAACAAUACCAAAACAUUACUUUUGUCCAUACCUUACUUUGAAUAACUACUAAUAUACCUUUUUUAAAAUAUAUAUUUUAUGUGGAAAGAAGAGUUCUCCAUUUUAACUAACACUCCUCCUAAACAUGUUCUAAAAAAUGCAUUCAAAUCAGCACAACCUUUAGGGAUCGGUUUAAAUGAUUGUGGAAUCAGCAGUGCAACUCAGGCGGAGCUGUGAGCCAGUUACUUUUGGUCACACUCUCAGUCAUGUUUCAAAUGACGGCGUCAAACGAGUUACAUAUGCAAGUAGGGUUCUAUCAGUUCUGUCUAGCUCUGUUACACUAGCUUCUGCAACACUAUACAAGCUACAGUUUACUGUUCACGUGGAGUAUGCAGACCUUGAGAUUCCAAGUAGAAAUCUGCAUGAUCCUAACAAAGGGAACCAUUCAUCCGACUAAACCACUGCAGCUCUCACUUAGAUUGUCUUGAGCUUACGGGACAUUGUAUUCACAAAAACAAUGGGAUAUUAAAUGAACAACAAUAUUAGAUAUUUUAUUUGUUUGUUUUUUAUAUUAUCAUCCACAUGUUGACGUAAACACACACAGCACACUAUUUGUUGCCGAGUUUGGGUACUUGACAGUUCUGGAUCCUCCAUGCCACCGAUGCAUUUCAGUCCAUACUGAGAGAGGUUGACUUUGCAUACCCAGCUUUAGUUUCUUUACAUCAUCUGAACUGUCAUUGUCAAUAGUGUUUAACACACAGAAAGGUGUCACAGAUUGUUGGCUCUUCUUCAUCAUACAUGUUGUCAAGCAAAAGUGCUCUUUUUUUAUUUGAUGUGAAAAAAAUGUGCCUACAGAUCGUAUGUAUACGCUGUAACAGUGGUAGGCCUUUGAUUCAGUUUGUUUCCCUCUACCUUUCUAAACAGACUUUUUUUGUAGCUUGAAUCUGUUUUAGGAGUCAGAAAACGUUGAUUUAGCCGUUGUAUUUUUAUUUUAUCCAUUUGACAUGUGAAAGAAAAUUACCAACUCAGAACCACUACUAGAGUUCAGUUCUAAUGAGGCUGAUGGGACACCAAGCAGGGGCUGGGAAGCAGUGCAACCCUGAACCAGACUGAUUGUUCAUUUGUCCACAGUCAGCCACACAAGCACAGUAUUUCUGUUCUUACAUUUCUUGUUACUUAUGAGCGUACAUAUAUACCUACUGAUAUUCCAGAAAUUCUCAAAUACUGGCCAGGCCUAAUCUCCACUUUUUCUAAAUAUGUUUAAGCAUUAUUUUGUUCUCAGAUCUCUUUUUGUGUUACUAUAAUAUUGUCUUGAAAAGCACCAAGGAUGAUGGUGAAGGACAGUGCCCCUGAUUUAUUUUGUUUAUUACACUCCAUUUGUUUCAUAAGAUGGAUGUUCAAAGAAAACAGUUUUACUUGCUUGCAUGUGUCUCUGAACAUUAUCAAGUCAUAAAUGCAUGGACGAACUUUUAUUUUAGAUUUUUGUUUGUCUAAUUUAUUAGUCAUUUCUGUGAGGCGACCACGUUGUCCCUAAGACUCUUGUUGUUUUCAGAAGUGUAACAUAUAAAAUACAUCAGUUGCACUGCUGAUGUGUUUGAUGGGGGUAAAAGGAUUAACAGCUCCCGCCCAUGUGAAGCAGUGUGUAUUAUAGCUGAGUGUGUCUGCCUGCUCUGUGAUGAGCUACACAUGUAUCGUUUCUCACAUGUGGUGUUUACUUCCAGCCAGUGUUGCUGAAACAUUUAAUAGUGAACUAAUGUCUGCAUUAACAACAAAUAACAACCCUGCCUGUCUGUUAGUUUUUAAGGUGACAUGAAAUGUCACGGGUUUCAAUAGAUAGUUAUUUUUGUAGGUUAUUGAUCAACAGUCACAGAUUAUGUCUGAUAAAUAGAUUUUAGUCAUUAAGAAUGAACAUCAGUUGAAUUUGUAUUACAAGCACAUUUUAUUUAACAUCAUUGUAUUAAACUAAAAUCCUUGAGUAGGAUUUUAUUUUGGUAAGGAUAGUGAUGUCACUUAACUUUGAACCUGAUCAAUACGGGAUUUUUGAGGCCGAGACUGAUCAAGAUUUUUUAAACCAAUAUUUUUGAUAAAGAUCUCGUAAAUCCCCCCCCCCACACACACACCUUGCUUGUUGCAUAAUGGAUGGUUGGCCUUCAGUGAGCAGGAUGUCUGUGCAGAGUUUGACAUAGGAAGGCUGUUUUCACAUUUAUCUGCUGAAGGAGGAAGGUUUCUCCUCUCAGUUAAAGAUUUGUAAGCACCAAAGUGAUUUUGUGACAUCCCACUAGUUUGGAAGCCCAGUCAUGGUCCAGGAUGCUACUUACAGAGGUGUGAUGUGGGAACUUGAAGCCUACAGCACACAUACAGUGAGAAUGAUAGAAGUAGGAGGUGUGCUUUUCAGAACUUUUAAAAGGGUUGAAGGGUUAAAACAGUUGGGCUGGGGUUUUCACCUUGUGAGUAUGUGUAUGUGUAUCGUCACAGCAACGCUUCCUGUAGUUUGAACUACCACAGAAGCGGUUGUGAGUGUUUUACCUGGUGUCUGGACAGAUGUAGUCACGAAACCUUCCAGGUGUGUAGUUGAAAUUAAAAUGAAGGCCAAGUUCAAAGAUGGGCAUCGUUGAAACAAGGGAAGUAAGAAAGGGGCCAUUGCCCCCCCACCCCUUCUUUAUGCCCCUGGCCCACAUUCACUGUCUAAAGGUUCUAUCAUUCCCAUCCACUUUAAAACAUUAGUAUGUGUUCAUACAUCAACGCGUUAGCAUCACCACUGUGCAAUAUGCAGUCCCGAUACUUUACAGGUGUGUAGUACAUGUAGUAAUGACUACUGAGUACUCAUGGUUCGGAACAUCAACUGGCAUCGCUGCUGGUGCGAUCCCGUUGCAACAUGGUCUCUAGUUGAAAAAACAUGUCAGACAUGAUGUAUUAAACCUUGUAAGGAGGCAUCUUUAAAAAGGGUUUAACACUGUAAAAUGUCCUGCUCACUACAGACCUCUCACUUUUCUUUAAUAGUCACAUACUGUCCAAUCAUGUUUUUUUUUUUUUUCAACCUCAGUUAUCUACAUUUCUAUCUGCGUCAAAAAUCCAGUAUCAGUCAUGCUCUAAUCUGUACACAAGAAAUAUUGAAGUGAUUUUGUGUGGGAUUUGGCAUUUUUUAUUUGCUGCCUCAGGUGGCGGCAUCAAGAACGACUCUGGAGGUGUAGGACAGCUCUACACCCUCAUGCCCACCCCCAGCACAAAAUGAAUGGGCUGGGGGUACAAACAAAAACCUGUGCCUCCAGAAAUGUAUAAAGCAUGCUGUAAUGCAGGGGUGAAGGUUUGGUUCUAACCUUGUUUUGUGUUCACUUGCUCUGUAACUCUCCUCCAUACACACACUGACACAAAUAGCUUACUCUGUGAAACAUUUACUUCAUUCAGUAUGUAUUUGUUAUACAGUUUGCCUAAAAGAGGAUGUGUAUCAUAUGAAUAGAUAAAAUUAAGAUAUGAUUGAUUUUCACAAUAAACGUUACAAAAAAAUAAAUGGCUAAUAA